GCCGCCUCCCGGGCCGACGCUGCCCGUCACAAUCAUGGCGGCCGCGGCGGGGCGGGGUCUGGGAGGGCGGAACGGGCCGGCGGGCCUAGCGCUAGCGGUCACGUGACCGCGAAGAUGGCCGCCUUCCCCUGGCAUUCCAGAAAUAGGAACUACAAGGCUGAGUUUGCAUCAUGCCGGUUGGAGGCUGUGCCGCUGGAGCUUGGGGACUAUCACCCACUGAAGCCCAUAACUGUUACAGAGUCAAAGACAAAGAAGGUGAGCCGGAAAGGCAGCACUUCUUCCACGUCCUCUUCAUCCUCCAGCUCCGUGGUGGACCCGCUGAGCAGCGUCCUGGAUGGGACCGACCCCCUCUCCAUGUUCGCGGCCUCUGCUGACCCCGCAGCCAUGGCGGCUGCCACGGACAGCGCCAGAAAGAAACGUGACAGAGAUGAUAACUCCAUUGUAGGAUCAGAUUUUGAGCCUUGGGCCAGCAAGCGAGGAGAAAUCCUUGCCCGGUACACCACCACAGAAAAGCUAUCUAUUAAUCUGUUCAUGGGAUCUGAAAAAGGCAAAGCGGGGACCGCCACAUCUGCCAUGUCGGAGAAGGUUCGCACCAGGCUGGAGGAGCUGGAUGACUUUGAAGAGGGAUCCCAAAAGGAACUGUUGAAUUUGACUCAGCAGGAUUAUGUGAACCGCAUAGAGGAGCUCAACCAGUCACUGAAGGAUGCCUGGGCCUCAGACCAGAAAGUGAAGGCUCUAAAAAUAGUCAUCCAGUGUUCAAAGCUUCUUUCGGACACAAGCGUUAUUCAGUUCUACCCAAGCAAAUUUGUCCUCAUCACCGACAUACUUGACACAUUUGGAAAGCUGGUGUACGAGCGCAUCUUUUCCAUGUGUGUGGAUAACCGCAGCAUCUUGCCAGAUCACUUCUCUCCAGAGAAUGUAAAUGACACAGCCAAAGAAACAUGCUUAAAUUGGUUUUUCAAGAUUGCUUCCAUCAGGGAACUCAUUCCGAGAUUUUAUGUGGAAGCCUCCAUCCUGAAGUGUAACAAGUUCCUCUCCAAAACGGGGAUUUCAGAGUGUCUGCCCCGGCUCACAUGCAUGGUUCGGGGCAUCGGGGACCCGCUGGUGUCGGUGUACGCCAGGGCCUACCUGUGCCGGGUGGGCAUGGAAGUGGCCCCACAUCUCAAAGAAAGCCUAAAUAAGAACUUUUUUGACUUCCUCCUUACAUUCAAACAGAUUCACGGGGAUACGGUUCAGAACCAGCUGGUGGUCCAGGGAGUGGAGCUUCCAUCCUACCUCCCCUUGUACUCGCCUGCCAUGGACUGGAUCUUCCAGUGCAUUUCCUACCGCGCCCCCGAGGCUCUGCUAACCGAGAUGAUGGAGAGAUGUAAGAAACUAGGAAACAAUGCCUUGCUGCUGAAUUCCGUGAUGUCAGCUUUCCGGGCCGAGUUCAUCGCCACAAGGUCCAUGGAUUUCAUUGGCAUGAUUAAAGAGUGCGAUGAGUCCGGUUUCCCCAAGCAUCUCCUUUUCCGUUCGCUGGGGUUAAACUUGGCCUUGGCUGAUCCUCCUGAGGGUGAUCGACUUCAGAUUCUCAAUGAAGCUUGGAAAGUUAUCACUAAGUUGAAGAAUCCACAGGACUACAUUAAUUGUGCCGAAGUGUGGGUGGAGUAUACCUGCAAGCAUUUCACGAAGCGAGAGGUGAAUACUGUUUUAGCUGAUGUCAUCAAGCACAUGACUCCAGAUCGUGCAUUUGAAGACUCCUACCCUCAGCUUCAGUCAAUAAUUAAGAAAGUGAUUGCACACUUCCAUGAUUUCUCAGUUCUCUUCUCAGUGGAAAAAUUUCUGCCAUUUCUGGACAUGUUCCAAAAAGAGAGUGUGCGGGUGGAGGUUUGCAAAUGCAUCAUGGAAGUUUUUAUCAAGCAUCAGCAGGAGCCCACCAAGGACCCUGUCAUUCUGAACGCCCUUCUGCACGUUUGUAAGACCAUGCAUGACUCUGUGAAUGCACUCACUCUUGAGGAUGAGAAAAGAAUGCUGGCAUAUUUGAUUAAUGGAUUUAUAAAAAUGGUGUCCUUUGGCCGUGAUUUUGAACAACAGCUGAGUUUUUAUGUUGAGGCCAGGUCGAUGUUUUGCAAUCUGGAACCUGUUCUUGUGCAGUUGAUUCACGUAAGGAUUUUCAUUCAUUCAUUUGUUCUCUCAGUACAUAUUUAUGGAUCAUUGAUAUGCUGUACACCAACCAUGAUCAGCUGCUUCGUGUCCCCUUUAGAGCAAAGCACGCCACAGAUUCCCAGGAGAAGGAGGAGAAGGCAAAACCCGACUCUCCAGCUUCAGACGCUUACUCUUCUCAUUAGGGGCCGGCCUCUGUUCCCGGACGUGGGCGUUCGUUGCUGCAUCUGCCCCCUGGGGUGCUGGAUGGGGUUCCAGCUUUGGCCCAGGGUGCCACAGACCAGUACAAUGUUCUCUCUGCAUCACUGCACGCCGUUUCGGAGUGGAAGUAUACUUGGACCAUGCAAAUGUUUGAUCUUGUUGGGUAGUUUAAAAUUUCAUUUGUCAGCUGAUGCCUUUUUCAAAGCCGCCAUAAGCCUUGUUCCAGAAGUUCCAAAGAUGAUUAACAUUGAUGGGAAGAUGCGGCCCUCAGAAUCAUUCCUUCUGGAAUUCCUCUGCAAUUUCUUUUCUACUUUAUUGAUAGUUCCGGAUCAUCCUGAACACGGGGUCCUGUUUCUUGUUCGAGAGCUGCUCAACGUGAUCCAGGACUACACCUGGGAUGACAGUAGUGAUGAUAAAAUCCGCAUCUACACCUGCGUCCUGCACCUGCUUUCCGCCAUGAGCCAGGAGACCUACCUCUACCACAUAGACAAAGUUGACUCCAACGACAGCCUCUACGGGGGAGACUCCAAGUUUCUGGCUGAAAACAACAAGCUGUGUGAGACGGUGAUGGCUCAGAUCCUGGAGCAUCUGAAGACCCUGGCCAAGGACGAGGCCCUGAAGCGCCAGAGCUCCUUGGGCCUCUCCUUCUUCAACAGCAUCUUGGCCCACGGGGACCUGCGCAACAACAGGCUCAACCAGCUCUCCGUCAACCUGUGGCACCUGGCCCAGAGGCACGGCUGUGCGGACACCAGGACCAUGGUGAAGACCCUGGAAUACAUCAAGAAGCGAAGCAAACAGCCAGACAUGGGGCAUCUGACCGAGCUGGCCCUCAGGCUCCCUCUGCAAACACGGACCUGACCCCAGGAGCCCUGGUGCCAAGUCCAGAAAGACCUGUUUUGCUUUUUUUUUUAUAAUACAUAUAUACAUAUAUAUGUGUAUGCAGACUGGUUUAAGCUCUGGCCUUUACCCAGAUGAUUCUGACAGUGAAGUGGAAACUGUCAGAGCAUGCAAAGCCAAUCCUGUUCACCCAGCACAGCGCCUGUUUCUUUGCACAAGUGGCCUUCAGAUUGGCCUUAAGUGAGAAACAGAAGAAUGCAAGUAACAUCUUUCUCUUCUGGAAGGUGUUUUUUAAUUGGGAAAAGAACUCUGAAAAGCAAUCCACUCUGAAAGAGCCACUGUGCCCACUCCCUCAUUUGCUUUCUAUCAAAAGCAGCUCUUGACUGGGUUCAGAAUAUGUUAGUGGAUUAAAGGAAAAAGCAAGGUUAAAUAUGAGACUCCCCGUGACUGGGAAAUACACUGUAACUGAAUAAACCUCCUGAAGCAGUUA